AUGAAGUUCUUCAUCUUUAUCUGCCUGGUGGCUGUUGCUCUGGCAAAGCAUGAGAUAAAGGAUCAAUCCUCCAGUGAGGAAUAUAAGCAAGGCAGUAAUGCAUUCUUCCAAACAAUUCAGGAGUCUGAAGAGGAAAUCAAUGCAAAAAAAAUCAAGCAAUUUCCCCAGGGCAUUUCCUUCCCUCAGUGUUGCACACCUUUUCACCAGCAGCAGGCUAAUAUGAACCAGUGGGCCCAGAGUAAGACCAUCCACAAUAUCCCCACCCAGAAAAUCCUGAAGAAGAUUAUGGAUGUGGUCAAGCACUACAAAUCUCAACAGAUCCCCAUCCCCCAGUAUCCCCAGGCUGUUUAUCCUCAGACACCUGUGAGCUACUGGAACCUGAAUAAGCCCUACACCUCUCCAUAUGCUCAAUAUAUGAACAAAUGCUACCCAUCUAUUCAGAAGGUCAAAACACCACAAGCCUUCAAGGGUCUUUACGAAUACCAUGUUGCCAGGAACCCAUGGAGUCCUUUUGUGAACCAUGCCACUCACACUCUGACAUGCAUCAGUACUGCUGCUAAACCAGAGUGUGGUACUCAGGCAGAGCACCAUCAGCAGGGAGAGAGGGUCCAACAAUAUAAACAGAAGAUGACGGACAUAAAUAAGCUUGUCCGAGAGAAAUCACCCUCAUUCAGUGAAGAGGAUUACUAUGGAAAUCGCUACCCAAUUAGUCCAUCACUGAAUAUCCCAUACGGCUUAUGGAAUGAAAAUUUACCACCUUUUCUUUUGCCUCCUCUUGACACUCACAAAGGAAAUGGCAUCACCAAAUUCCAGGGAAAUAAUCCUGAACUUGAAAGAGGGCUACCUCAAUACCCUUGGAUCCUCACUUCUUCUAAAGUUCACUAUGUAUACCAAAACCCUAACUAUCCCUCUGAUGGUUCAAUGAAUGCUCCUCCACCUCUGCCUCUUCCUCCUCCGCCUCCUCCCAGGCCAUAUCCCUUUGUUUUACCUCCAAAGAUUUCUCUUGUCUCACCUGUUGUAGCUGAGCCUGCAAGUGGCCCUCCUGCGCCUCUUGUAGGAGAGGGUCUGGUACCCGAGCUCGGUGUAGACAAAGCUAUUCCAGGCCUACCUCCUGCAGUCAAACUUGGACCACCCCCACCAGGUGUUGAACCCAAGCCUCCUGCACCUGAGCCUGUUCCAGCCCAGUUUGGUGCACCUGAGCCUGCCCCAGCCCAGUUUGGUGCUCCUGAACCUGCCUCCGCCCUAUCUGCAGCAGCUGAGCCUGCUGCAGCCCACCCCAUGGCACCUGAACCCCCUCCACCCCAAUCUGUGGCUGUAGUCCAGCCUAUACCAGGCGAAUCUCCUGCAGUCCAACCUGUAGAAAGCAAACCUGCUCCAGGUGAACCUGCUGUACCCCAGUCUAUGCUCGCUGAUCCUGCUGCAGGCCAACCUGUUGAAGCCAAGCCUGCUCCAGCUGAGCCUCCUCCAGCCCAAGCCCCUCUAGCUGAACCUAUUCCUAGCCAGACUAUUGUGGGAAAACUUAUUACAGCUGAGCCUACUGAAGUGAAACAGGAGGGAACUGAGCCUGUUGAAGCCAAAUCUGGUGGCCAAGAACCGCCGCCUCUUCUUUUUUACCAGGAAGAAAAAUGA